GGCGGUGGGCGGGGCUUAAAGGAGGUGGGCGGGGCUUGUGGGCGCAGCGCUCCGAUGGCGGUGAGCCGGGCGCUCGCCCUGCGCCUGGCCUACGCGGCCACCGGCUGCGCGCUGGGGCUCUCGGCCUUCUUCACCUGGAGCCUGGCCGCUGCCUUCCGACAGCCCGCCACCGCCGCCGCCGGGGGGCUGUCCGGUGUUCUGGCGCUCUGGGCCCUAAUCACGCAUGUGAUGUAUGUGCAGGAUUACUGGAGGACCUGGUUAAAAGGGCUGAGGUUCUUCCUCUUCAUCGGGAUCCUCUUCUCAGCCCUCUCAGUGGUGGGGAUCUGCACCUUCCUCGUCCUGGCCAUCACCAAGCACCAGUCCCUGACUGAUCCCAGGAGCUACUACCUGUCGUGCGUCUGGAGCUUCAUCUCCUUGAAAUGGGCCUUCCUGCUCAGUCUGUACGCCUACCGGUACAGGAACGAGUUCGCAGACAUCAGUAUCCUCAGUGACUUCUAACACUUGGACUUCAAUCCCGUCUGAAGGUGCUGGAGGUCUGAUCUGCCCCCCGAAGGCAUGGUCCGUGCGAGAGAUGCGCAAGAGGCAGAGAAGGAACUCACCCAGUGCUGCUUGGUUUGUCUGUCUGCAGUAGGGGUUCUUCCUAAUUGCUUUUACUCAACCAUUUAAAGUUUGGCUAACGAUGUCAAUCCAGUCUUUAACUUGCCCGGGAGUCCCAGUGUCUGGUAGCGGGUCAAAGACCCCGUCUGCUUACACACAGCAGGUCCAGACCCACUCUUUGCGUUGCCCUCGAGUCCUUGGGCUUACACGUGGGGAGGAAGCCCACGCAGCACCCCGACACCUGGUGCUGGCGAGGGCAUCGCCAGGUGGGUGCCCAGAUGUGCCCAGAAACCCUGCUGGGUGGAAAUCGUCUCCAUCCCUUUAGUGCCAGGCAUCCCUUGCCUCUCCCAGAGGUGGAGAGUGCUGAUUCUGGCUGCUCACCUAGAAGGAAUUUAAUAUUUUAUUUCAUGCUAAAUUUUCUAGGGAGCAGGACAAGGUGUUCGGGUGGCAGGUGCGCUGGGGAAGGGCUUGCUUACCUGAACCUCAGGAGAAACCUGAACGUGAUUCUUCUAAAAAAAAAUAUUUCCAUAGGUAGCAGCGUUUCCUUUUCUCGGCUCGGCUUCCCUUUAUGAGCAGGAUGAGAGAGGGAAAGUUCAGUCCUCAAAAAUAAAAAAAGGUAUCCAGGAAGCCUCCAAAAGGAGUGCCCGAUGGAGGCACCGCCUGCGCUGCCACUGGUCCCUGCUGUGCUUUGGAAGGCGAGAGGUUUGAGCACGUAAUAAUUAAAUAAAGUUGCUGAGGGUAUUUUGCAAGCAGCUGACAACACCUGGAUAGCAUUCCCCUGGUUUUUGGGUGGGAAGAUCCUCAAUUUACCCAGCUUGGAGGGACGCCGGGUCAAUGCACCAAGCCAGCCGUGCCGGGGAACCUGCUGGAGGCUGCUGGAGCCCGACAAAAGGCUGCGGACGUGAAAUGCGCUUACGAGGUUAAUGCUCAGGCUUUUAAAUCCUAAAAUCUCCCGUGCUGCUGACGUCGGGCUGCCAGCAUGCCCGGCAUUCCCUGCCACGGAUCCGACGUGGGGUUUGCGGGAGGUUUUAGGGAGGUUUUAGGGUGGGUGUCUCCAAGAAGCCAUCUCUCGUCUCACGUUUCCCCAGCACGACUCUGCCCACGUGUUCACAGCAAGCAGCACAUUGGGGCUCCCUUCCCGGGCACACAUCCCCAAAAUCCCCUCGGCUGACCCCGGAGGUUUUUAAAGUUUAUUUUUGUGACACUAAAUUUGCCUACGAAACAGCUCACAGCAUCUAACCCCACCCCCCCUCCCCGUUUUCUCCCUGCCAUGUUUUAGCUCUGGAAUUUCUACUUCCAUCUCGGCUUUUUAAGAGAUCGUCUCUGUAAAUAUAUAAUAUAUUUUUACAUCGUUUCCGCUUCGUUUGCACGCUUGGUGUGAGGCUCGGUCCUGCAGCGGGAUGGAGCGAUCCACGGCGGGGCUCCUUCGUGUGUAUCCCAGUGUCUCCUUGUACUAAGCUGCGCUGUGUAACUCGUGUGUGACACCACGGGGAGAGCAGAAAUACACUCGUCUUUCUCACCAAAA